AUGGUGAACACGGGCAAGGAGGACGAACGCUACGAGAUCCAGGACAUCCUGCACUACGGCGAAUUCGGCGACAUCUACCGCGUGCGCAACACGAAAAGCCGCCAGUACCAUCAGCUGAGGACCGAGCUCGUCAGCCCGCCCGAGACACAUCAGCACGUGGUCAACGCCGGCCAGGACGACGACUUCAAGUUCUUGGUGACGAAGACGCUGGGGCGGACGGUGCACGAGGUCCGCCGCUACUACGUCAAGAAGAACUUUACGGCCCACGACGCGCUGCACGUCAUCACGCACAUGUACUUUGCCAUCGAGUAUCUCCACCAGCUCGGUUAUGUGCAUGGG